GUAGCAGCGAGGCCCCUUGUUCAUCUCCUUCCCUCCGAAUCCUUCCACCGAAGCAAAAACGCCAACUUUAUUAUCACUCCUCGAUUCUGCUCUUCCUUUCCCUCCAAAACCCUUCUCCUAACUAAACUCCGAAGCGAAAGCCUAACUUCUCUCUCACCUCGCCGAGCAAUGGCGGCCCCGGCGUGUUCACCGCCGUCCGUACAAGUCAGGGAGAAAAUCGAGCCCACAGUCACCGAGGCUGCGAUUUUCGAAAGGCUUCUCAAAACUCUCGACCACUUCGGCCUCCAAAACCAGCUCCGAGUGGCUGGCGGCUGGGUCCGCGACAAGCUUCUAGGAAAAGACUGUUACGACAUUGAUAUUGCGCUCGACAAUAUGUCGGGCAGUGAAUUUGUUGAGAAGGUUACAGAGUACUUGUCAGAGAAUGGAGAAAAGGCACAAGGAAUUGCCGUUAUUCCAAGCAAUCCUGACCAAUCAAAACAUUUGGAAACAGCGAGAAUGCGCAUAUGCGAUGUAUGGAUUGAUUUUGUAAACUUAAGGUGUGAAGAGUAUAGUGAGAACAGCCGCAUUCCUACAAAGCAAACAUAUGGCACACCAGAAGAGGAUGCGUACAGAAGGGAUUUAACCAUUAACAGCUUGUUCUACAAUAUCAACACCAAAUCAGUUGAAGAUUACACUAAAAGAGGCAUUGCAGAUCUUAAAUCUGGAAAAAUUGUGACUCCUUUACCUCCAAAGACUACUUUUAUGGAUGAUCCUCUACGAGUUCUAAGAGCUAUCCGUUUUGGUGCAAGAUUUGAUUUCGUACUAGAUGAAAAACUGAAGGAAGCUGCAGCCAGUGAUGAUGUGAGAGCUGCUCUCGACGAAAAAAUUAGUAGAGAGCGCAUUGGUACUGAAAUUGAUCUCAUGGUUUCUGGCAACCAACCUUUUAAAGCGAUGUCCUACAUUCAUGAUUUGAAGUUAUUCUAUGUUGUAUUCUUUGGUCCUCCUUCUGAGCGUCCUAAGUUUGAGCCUGCAAUACCAGACAGAUGUGACAGACUGUGUAUUGCUUACUUGGAUGCUACGUGGAGCCUUAUUCAGUUAGUUGGAUACUCCUCCUUCACUGAUGAACAGAGAAGGCUCUCUCUUUAUGCUGCUAUGUUCCUCCCGUUCAGAAACACUACAUAUAUUAGUGAAGAUAAAAGAUCAAAAACGAUUGCUGCUGUCGACUUAAUUUUUCGGGGCGCACUUAAGCGAAAAGUCAGCGAUUCAGAAACAGUUAUAAACAUACACAAAGCGUCGGAGAAGUUCUGGUCUUUGAUUCCUUUUUUAGCAUCAGAUGAUGACAUCCAAGAAGCUAAAAUUGAGUGGGCAGGAGACUUGGUUGAUAUCCCGGUUUCUUCAAAGUUGCGUGUAUUGACAGGGAUGCUGCUACGAGAAAUCAAAGAUUUCUGGCGAGUUGCGUUGCUGAUAUCUACUUUGUAUAAAAUUGAUCCUACUGAGAAUCUUUUAAACAAGAACUUUCAGCCGGACAUGCUAAGAGACAUGUUUAAAGCAGCUGAGAAUAGCAUUAUUGAAUUAGGCCUUGAAAAAGUAUGGGACGUCAAACCAUUAGUCAAUGGAAAGGAGAUAAUGAACACUUUGGAGCUAAAGUCUGGAGGACGACUUGUUGGGGAAUGGCAACAAAAACUACUUAAAUGGCAACUUGCUCAUCCUUCGGCUACUUCAGAGGAAUGUCUUAAAUGGAUGAGGCAAAAACGUUUAAAGACAGAGUAAUUCAACACGACAUAUCAUCUGGUAUAGUGAGAUAUGGUACUUCUACAGUGAAUGAAGAUCCCUGAAUUUUGCUGCCCACUGCAGCGGCAACACCUUAUGUAGUGACUCCAAUUUUUGGCAAUUAGAUAAAUAUUAUUUUGCAA